UUCUGGACACCACAAAAGGAUCAGUUGCGGAACUGGAACAAACAAGCGUUCAAAGUUCAGAAAAAGAAAAACCCUUGUCUUCUCCCCCAUUAGAUUCAGUUAAGAAAUAAAUGUCGGAUGACAUGGUCGACCAAACACACAAACUGGAAGAAACAACUGUACCAGACAAAUUGCUGAAACAAAACAAACAAGAAGAAGAAAAAGCAGAACAUGAAGAGCAAGGGUUACAUAAGCUUUUGGUCCCUGACAUACGCCAACUUCCUCUCUCUCCUCCCUCUGCUGUUGAAUCCAACUUUGUCUCUUACUUUGCUCCAGAUUUUGUGAAGCCGGGAAACGACCAGUAUGUUUAUCGCCAUGCCAACGGAUUGUGUGUUGUUGGCUUGGCUCAGACUCACGCAGCGUUUAAGGAUAAAGGUGGGAUCACCGCCGUUGAUUUUAAUGUCGGCAAAUCGGAUCGCAGUGGCAUGAAAGUCUCCGGAAAGAGAAAGAAGAACGCUCAACACUUCGAGUCCAAUACAGCUUUGUGCAAGGUUUGCACCAGUGAUGAUCAAUAUAUCGUGAGGUGUUGUGUUAAAGGAUCUCUUUUGGAAGUGAAUGGCAGAUUAAUCAAACAGCCAGAGCUGCUUAAAUCAUCGGCAGAUAGAGAAGGAUACGUUGCAAUUAUUAUGCCAAAGCCAUCAGACUGGCUCAAAGUCAAGGCGUCCUUGUUGACCCUUGAAGAAUUCAAGAAAUUGAGAGCACUUUGCUGAAUUUUCAGUUGGAAUGGAUUUGUUAACUGAGCUUGCAGAAAACAGGAAUCAAGAGAAGCCAGCUCCCUCACUCAAUUCAUCCAAAAGGAACUCCUUCGCCUGUUUGUUUGAUGGGUUUUGCCGGGUUAAGUUCAUCAAGGUAACAAGCGCAUACUUUUAUUGGGGAGAGCUGAACUGUGUACCACUGCUCCAAUUUUAUAUUUCUUCAUCUAAAUAAUUUAAAGACAAUUAAAACUGUAUUUAGUUUGUGUGAACUCAUAUAAAUAAUGAACUGAAUAUAGUUUAAUUCAAA